GUUACAGUUGCUGGAAUCAAAUCAGUUGGUAUUGAAUGAGAAGAAGUGUUCUUUUGGGCAGAAACAGUUAGCUUACUUGGGGCAUAUAAUCUCUAAAGAGGGAGUGGCAGCAGAUCCUAGUAAAAUAGAAGAUAUGACACACUGGCCAUAUCCAAAGGAUGUCAAGGGAUUGAGAGGAUUUCUGGGGCUCACAGGGUACUACAGAAAAUUUGUCAAGGGCUAUAGUAAAAUAGCCUCACCUUUGAAUGACCUUCUAAAAAAGGAUGGAUUCCAUUGGAACUUGGAGGCUCAUAAAGCUUUUGAUGAACCCAAACUUAGAAUGACUCAACUGCCUGUGCUGAAGAUUCCUGACUUCAAUCAAACUUUUGUGAUUGAGUCAGAUGCGUCUGGGAGAGGAGUGGGAGCAGUCCUUAUGCAGGAAGGGAGACCAGUGGCAUACAUGAGUAAGACUCUAUCAAACAGGAAUCAGAACAAAUCAGUAUAUGAGAGGGAGCUGAUGGCUAUUGUAUUAGCUAUACAAAAAUGGAGGCCUUAUUCACUAGGAAGGAGGUUUGAAGUACACACAGAUCAAAAGAGUUUGAGAUUCCAGACCGAACAGAGAAUUUUGGGGGAAGAUCAGCAGAAAUGGGUGGCCAAACUGCUGGGGUUCAAUUUUGUGAUUAAGUACAAACCAGGGGUGGAGAACAAGGCUGCAGAUGCCCUCUCUAGGAAGGGUCAUUUCUACUCUUUAUCGGUGGUGACCUGCCAAGAGUGGGAAGGGCUGGAGGAUGAAUUGUUGGAAGAUGAAAAAUAUAAAACUAUGUUGCAGAAGUUAAUGAUUGACCCUGAUUCCAUCCCUCAUUUCAAGGUCAGUCAAGGGCUUCUAUACUUCAAGGGAAGACUGGUGAUUCCAAAGAAAUCUGCAAGGAUUGAUAGCAUUCUCAAGGAAUUCCAUGAGUCUGCUAUUGGGGGGCAUGCUGGGAACUUUAAAACAAUGAAGAGGAUCUCAUCUCUAUUUUAUUGGGAGGGAAUGAGAACAGAUAUAAAACAGUAUGUUCAACAAUGUGAAGUGUGUCAAAGAAACAAAUAUCAGACCUUGAGCCCAGCAGGAUUACUUCACCCUCUACCUAUACCUGAUCACAUAUGGACAUAUCUCAGCAUGGACUUCAUAGGGGGGCUGCCUAGGGCACAAGGGAAGGAUACUAUCAUGGUGAUGGUGGACAGAUUAACUAAGUUUGCACACUUCAUAGCAUUCAUUGACUCACCCUUACAAUGCUAAAAGUGUGGCAGAUCUGUUCAUUCAGGAGGUGGUCAGGUUGCAUGGAUUUCCAAAGACUAUUGUUUCUGACAGGGACAAUGUCUUUCUCAGUGUGUUCUGGACUGAGUUGUUUAAAUUAGCUGGCACCAAGUUGAAAUACAGCACAUCCUAUCAUCCCCAAACGGAUGGUCAAACUGAGGUGGUGAAUCGGUGUAUAGAAACAUACCUAAGAUGCAUGACUGGGAAUAAACCUAGGCAAUGGCCUCAGUGGUUACCAUGGGCUGAAUUUUGGUACAACACAAAUUAUCAUGUGUCUGCCAAGAUUAGCCCUUAUAAAGCAUUGUAUGGACAAGAUCCACCUGUACUGAUAAAAGGAGAUGUGACCUUGACAGCUGUGGAGGAGGUGAAUAGAAUGACAGCUGCCAGAAAUGAAAUGAUAAGUGAAUUGAAGGAUAAUCUGGCCAAAGCCCAAAAUCAAAUGAAGCAAACUGCUGAUAAGAAAAGGAGGGAUGUUCAGUUGGGUGUGGGAGAAUGGGUGUAUCUAAAGAUUCAGCCCUACAAGCUCAAGACUUUGUCUAAGAGGAUGAAUCAGAAAUUGAGCCCUAGAUUCUAUGGCCCUUUUGAAGUCAUUGAGCAAAUCAAUCCGGUAGCUUACAAACUGAAAUUACCGAAAGAUUGUAAGGUGCAUCUUGUCUUUCAUUUGUCCCUCUUAAAGAAAGCAGUACCCUCGGCGACAUUCAUACAACCUUUGCCCAAGUGUUUGACAGAGGAAUGGGAGCUGCAAGUCAAACCAGAGAUGGUGAAAGAGAGCAGAAUCAAUGUUGCAGGACGAACUGAAGUGUUGGUGCAGUGGGAGAAUCUGCCAGAUUUUGAGGAUUCCUGGGAAGAUCUGCAGCAGCUACUGAAGCAAUUUCCUGACCUCCACCUUGAGGGCAAGGUGGUUGUUUCAGGGGGGAGUGAUGAUAAGGACCUUGGAAGUCAGCCCAAUGCAAAUAAUAGCAUUGACUAUUAUGACCGAGUCUAUUCUAGGAGGAGAAAGACUAAUAAAUAAGAUUUAUCUAACUCACUAUGUGGGGAAGGGGGAAUACUAUAAAUAGCAAGUAUUGUAAUAAAAAUAGUAGGCUAGUUGUGGCUUUUGUUGGGCUGGGACUUGG